AUGGGGGGGGCUGACACUGAGGUCCGGAGACUUGCUGCGAAUGAGAUUGCAGCCUCAGGGAGAGAAGAUAAAGCCGGUUUCUUUCAGAAUUUGGGUGUUUCUGACGAAUUAGGGAUAGAGUGGAAAGUAAUUCUUUUGAGGUAUUUUAAUCCAGUUGGUGCACAUGAGUCUGGUGAAAUUGGUGAAGAUCCUUCAGGAAUUCCUAAUAAUUUAAUGCCAUAUAUAGCACAGGUUGCUGUGGGCCGACGAGAAAAGGUAUAUGUGUUUGGGAAUGAUUAUCCGACGCCAGAUGGCACGGGUGUUCGUGAUUAUAUUCACAUUACUGACUUAGCAAUUGGUCAUGUACAAGCUUUGACAAAAUUAAACGAUACAACGUUUUUCGGUUGGAAAGCAUUUAAUUUAGGUACAGGCAGAGGUUAUUCCGUUUUGGAUGUUAUAAAUGCCUUUAGCAAGGCAUCAGGAAAAAUUAUCAAGCAUGAGUUUGUAAAUAGAAGGGAAGGUGAUGUAGCUGCUAGUUUCGCGGAUGCCUCGUUGGCGAAAAUAGAGUUGAAUUGGACAGCCACGAGAGGCAUAGAUGAAAUGUGCAAGGAUACAUGGAAUUGGCAAUCGAAAAAUCCCAAUGGAUUUAAAAAGAAGUGAUAGUAAGCAAUCGUAUCAGCAUAAUAUUUCUUAGCGGGGUUAUAUUUGUACAUAUGGGUGGUCAGUUGAUACAUAAGGAGUAUUUCUAUUUGCAUUUUGUUAUUUAUUCCAAAAUAGCUAAUAGUCUGUAUACUUACAUGUAUAGACAUUUAGCUAAAGUCGCCAAAAGGGUGAUAUUAUUUGCAAGAAUAUUUUAUUUUUACAGUUUUGGACGCAAUGUUUGUUAAAUAAUGUUAAAAUUUGAAAUGAUUUUAUUACAAAUAACUAGAUAUUUUUUUUUAUUACAAUUACAACCUUUGUCACAAAAAAAACAUUUCUGGUCAGUGCCAGUAGAAGCUAUAAAAAAGUUUUACAUAUUUCCCAAGGCAUUUUUAACAACACCAAUGAGAUAUGAAGUGCCAUUUUUAUUUAUUCUGUUAAAAUCAAAUAGUCACUUCGUAAAUUAUUAACAUCUAAUGUGUUCGUGUAUAUUGUAUAUAUUAUAUACAUAUAUUUUUAU